CCCCUAGAUAGAAGACCGCAUGCUUUAACUUUGUACUGACACACUCAUCACAUACAGGUCCGGAAUCAGCACGAAAUCAUUCUUUGGACUCCAUAUGCGUCGUUGGGAUCAGCACGGGCUGAUGCUUGUCAAACCCUUCUUCUCAGUGUGCAGUCUAGUUAGGGAACUGAGCAGGAUUUGAGCGCGAGCCCGGAGACAGAAACCCGCUGCUGCGCUUCACAAGAACCUCCGUGCGUCUCCAUCAUUCACCCGUCCUGCAGAGCCGAACCGAGAGCUCACGGAACCGAACUUAGCUCCAGAUGGACGGGACGCGUGAGCUCUGACAGCACGGCUCUCAUUGGUUAAUGUUGGGCUCGGUUCGGAGGUCCGAUCUCGGUCUGAUUGUUCGCUAUUGUUCGGAUGUGUGACGGUCCUAACAUGAGUUCUGCUGUCGUCUGGAGCGCGCUGCUCGCCACCAUCGUCAUCGUCAUUCAGAGUGUGGUAUCGUUCCAAGUGGAGUUCCAGGAUGAGAUCCGAUUGCUGAUGCGGUUGGAUGCUGAUGAUGUCAGACAGAAUGUGUCUAUGUACACAGUUCGAGUGUCCGGGGAACCUCACACACACACUCUCGUGUUCUCGAGACCCAACAACAAUCAGACACUUCCAGAAGCACUGCUGUUUAACAUCUCAUAUCACGGCCUGUGCUAUACCAUCAGUCUGCUGCUGGGAAGCAACACAAAACCUGUUCAAACAGUCACGCUUUUCACCAAACCUCUUCCGCUAGACAGCGUCCAGAUAUCUGAUUAUGGUCCGAGUCCAGAAACAGCUGUUGUGUUUCACAUCAGUUCUCCUGAGAGAAACGUCUACACUCGAGUAAACAUCAGUUACACAGAGGGUCAUCAUCAGCGCUAUAUGCUUUAUAAAGAUUUCUUUAAAGGUAAAACAGUCUUUAAGCAUUGGCUAUCAGGCACAUGUUACAGUAACAUCACCUUCCAGCUGAUCUCAGAAGUCACAGUCAACAGGACGACACUGAUGAAACACAGUGACAUCACUCAUGAACCUCAAUAUCACAGGACGGUCCCAAACCCUCCGCUCAACGUGUCCUUCAGGAUCAUUCACCUCAGUGAGCGGGGCUCAUCUGCAAUUAAAGCACUUCUGAGGGCGUCCCACAAUGCAUCUGUGUCUCGUAGGACUCGUGAGGUCUCUUCAACUGAAACAAACAGUGAAGAAAUGAAAAGUGAAGUCUUGAGUGCCACUGUUAUCCAAACGACUGUGGAUCCCUCUGAAAACCUGACCCACAGCUCAGAGUUUAGUACAGAUGUUUAUCUCACGACAGCAGAACCCAUCCAAGAAAACAACACUGACACGCUCUGGACAGAAUCGACGGGAAGUCCGGCCCCGACUGAAGUGGAUGAGUUUGUCAAUGGUUUGAUUCCAGAAUAUGAAGAUUCAAAUGAGCCUGGUUCAGCUAUGAAUCUGAACUUUGAAGCGACCGUUGUGCCGACCCCUCCGUCACCAAUUCUGCUGGAGCUGCGAUGGUUACCACCCAGUCCUCCGACAUCCUUUGAUGGCUUUAACAUCUACAUCUACCGCGAUGGAAACAUCACAGAGACGGCAACAGUGGAUGAAAACACUCAUGAGUUCUUCAGUGAACUCUCAGAAGCAGGAACGUAUCGAAUCCAUGUGUCAACACUUAGUUCGUCUGGAGAUUGUGAACCCAGAGAGAGUUCAGCAGACACCGGAUUCACUUUCUAUCUUAGUCCGUCAGGUGAGUGGAUGGCUCAACCUCAGGAGCGUCCACAGGCUGUAAGUGUGAAGAUGUUGGACUCAAGCACCGCUGCUGUCUCCUGGGCUCCAUCAGCUCACAAGUACAACAGCAGUCUGAUCUCAGUUAUGUCACUUACGUGUCUGCAGCCCAGCAUCAGUCAGCGCAUGGAGAGCACCUACUGCUCUGAGGAGAACAUUACCAGUGAUGUCAUCACUAAUCUGAUGCCGGGUGCUCAGUACAGAGUGAUGGUUUAUCACACUAAUGGACCACUGAUUAGUCCCCCUUCUGAGCCGGUCAUCAUCGAUAUAGAGCCCACGGGGGUUCGGGAUCUGGUGGUUUAUCCUCUCAGUCCCACGGCUGUGAUUUUGAGCUGGCAGAGGCCGUAUAACGUCGCCUUCCGGAAGUACGUCCUGCAAACCUUCUUCUUUAAUUCAGCCGCACAGACUUCGCAGUGGACUACGUACUACGAGAUCGCCGCCACAGCAUCUGUCAUCGCUUCAGUGAGAGUGACGGAUCUGUUACCGGCAUGGUACUACAACUUCCGUGUUACCAUGGUGACGUGGGGUGAUCCCCCCCUGAGCUGCUGCGACAGUUCCACCGUGAGCUUCGUUACAGCUCCAGAAGCUCCUCACAUCUCAUCUGUGGAUUACUCUCACGGGAUGUUGUACGUGCGGUGGACGUAUGGAGAUCUCUUCACUGACCUGUCUCACUCUCGGAUGCUGCACUGGCAGGUGGUGGCGGAGGGAAGGAAAGGAUCCAGACGAAGAUACACUGUAGAUGUCACUCGCAACAUGAUGAAGGCGUCUCUGGCUCUUCCUCCGGGUGACAUCUAUAACCUGACAGUCACUGCAUGCACAGAGAGAAGCCGUAACACAUCACUGCCUCACAUCAUGAAGCUGGAUCCGGCUCCUCCAAAGUCUCUCUACGCCGUCAACACCACAGAUACGGCCGUCACACUGCUGUGGACUGAAGACGGUGUUGUUGAUUUCUACCAGAUCGUCUGUAGACAACUGGGACUCAACAGACAACAGAAACAGGUCCGUGAGCCGCUGGUCACUGCUUCACAUGUUUUGACAGUCUCUGGUCUUCAGCCGUCCACAUCAUAUAACUGUUCUGUGAUCAGUAUGAGCUACAGCAGCUCUAGUGAACCUGUUCACAUCAGCAUCACCACUUCAGUACGCGAGAUGAACCCGAGUGUCGCUGCUAUCUCCGCUCUGGCUGUUCUCAGUGUUUUGUUGAUCAGUCUGCUGGUUCUCUUUCUGUUGGUGUUACGGAAGAAACACAUGGAGCUGAACCGGGAAUGUGCAGCUGAAACCUUUGUCAAUUUCGCAUCUUUUGAGCGGGACGGAAAACUUCCAUAUAACUGGCGCAGGAGUCUGUUUGCGUUCCUCACGCUUCUCCCAUCCUGCCUCUGGACUGACUAUCUUUUGGCCUUUUAUAUUAAUCCGUGGAGUAAAACAGCGCUUAAGAAGAGAAAAUUAACCAGUCCGGUUCAGCUCAGUGAUUUUGAAACUUACAUCAAAGAUAUGAGCAGAGAUUCGGCGUACAAAUUUUCUCUCCAGUUUGAGGAAUUGAAGAGUGUUGGUCUGGAUUUGACCCAUGAAGCUGCUGAUAUGCCCAUCAACAGACCCAAAAACCGCUACACCAACAUCCUGCCCUAUGACUUCAGUCGGGUUAAACUGAUCUCACUGCACAAUGAUGAAGGUUCAGAUUACAUCAAUGCAAACUAUAUUCCUGGUUAUAAUUCUCCGCACGAGUACAUCGCCACACAGGGACCGCUUCCCGACACCAGAAAUGAUUUCUGGAAGAUGGUUUUACAGCAGAAGUCUCACAUCAUUGUUAUGCUGACGCAGUGUAAUGAGCGCAGAAGGGUGAAGUGUGACCAUUACUGGCCAUUCACAGAAGAGCCUGUGGCGUGCGGCGAGGUGACGGUCGAGAUGAUGUCAGAGACAGAGUCACCGGAGUGGACCAUCAGAAAUUUCAGACUGGGAUAUGCUGAUGAAACUCAAGACGUUUUACACUUUAAUUACACUUCGUGGCCUGAUCACGGCGUGCCCACGGUCAACGCCAUCGAGAGCAUAUUGCAGUUUGUACAAAUUGUUCGACAGCAGGUGAACAGGACUAAAGGACCGAUCAUAGUUCACUGCAGUGCUGGAGUGGGUCGAACCGGUACAUUCAUCGCUCUGGAUCGGCUUAUGCAGCACAUUCAAGAACAUGAAUAUGUGGAUAUUUUGGGCUUGGUGUCUGAGAUGCGCUCACACAGACUGUCUAUGGUCCAGACUGAGGAGCAGUACGUGUUUAUCCAUCAGUGUGUCCUGCUCAUGUGGAAGAAGAAGAAACAUCAAUCCCACACCAGUGAUGUCAUCUACGAGAACGUCAGCAAGUCUUAAUGAAGUCCUGCUGACGGUCUCUUCUCCUCAGUGUUCAGAGUUGAGCGACGUCAAAACCAACAAACCAACAGGAGAAGAUCUCCCUCACGCCCCCAUCAACACACACACAGCUCAUCAUCCGCAGCUGCAGUCAAAUGCCUUAAAGUCCUGCAUCAUUCUGCAGCGAUCACGACCUGCAGUUUCACCUGCAUUUACUUUCAUUUAGUUUCUGUGUCAAUCUCAGGAUCAUCCCGCCACCCUGCUGGACACACGGAGUAAUGCAGGGCAGAAGAGUUACGGCGUUACAGCGCUGUGAAGUACUGUAUGUAUCUGUCCAUAAUAGUGUUAGUUUUCACACCUUCAGCUGAGGUCCUGCAUCACAUUCCUCAAAUCUCCUGUCAGCAAAUGUAAAGACAUUCGGGCCGUGAUGAUGUUCUUUAAUAUUCCAGCACUGCCAUAAACACACACACAGUGUAUGUGAAGAGUGUUUGAUCUGUUUUCAUGUAUAUGAACAUAAGAAGGAAUGACAGCGAUGCUUCAGCAGAACUUUGCAGCCGUAUGGACGCGCAGGUGUGUGUGUUAAAGAGUACAGCGGAGUAUUGAUGAAUUGUUUUGCACUGAUCAUAUCUAUUGCUGUAAACCGUGUUCGCCAGUAGCUGCGCUUCUGUGACUGUGAAUUGUGUUUUUAAAGUCUGUGCGAUCUUUAUCAACUCAACACAGACCUGUAACAUCUGAGACAGAGAUGAGCUGCUUGUGUCAAACACUACACUAGUUGCGUUACCCUUCGACUUGCGCAAUUUGAAAUAGCGAAUUGAAAAUGCACCCAAUGGAAACACGGCGGUGUAUAUAUAUAUAUAUAUAUAUAUAUAU